AUGGGAUCGUUCAACGAAACUUGCGCUUCUUUGCGCGCUCAAAUCAUCGCGACAGAAGCACAGCUUACUGAGCUCAAACGCGACCUAGCAAACGCCGAACAAGCGGCGCGAUCAGAGACGGCAACAGCUGCGGAAAUCCAUCCUGAGGACCAGAAGGUCGAAGUAAGACAAUGGCCAUUGCUCCAGGAGGAAUAUAAGAGAUAUGGACGCCAGAUGAUAGUUCCGCAAGUUGGGUUGAAUGGCCAACUGAAGCUUCGAUCGGCGAAAGUUCUACUUGUUGGAGCUGGAGGGCUGGGAUGUCCAGCUGCGCAGUAUCUUGCUGGUGCUGGCGUUGGCACGAUUGGACUCAUCGAUGGUGAUUCAGUCGAGGUAUCGAAUCUCCAUCGCCAAGUGCUACACCGAUCGAAGAAUGUGGGGAAAUACAAGGUGGACAGUGCAAUCGAGUCCUUGCGAGAACUGAAUCCGCAUCUGACGUACAUUCCUCAUCGAACACACCUCUCGCCCGAGACAGCAGCCGCGGUCUUCCAGGAGUAUGAUAUCAUUCUUGACUGCACAGAUAACCCGGCAACGCGUUAUCUGAUCUCGGACACUGCAGUGCUUCUCGGAAAACCAUUGGUCUCUGCAUCCGCGCUGCGGACCGAGGGCCAGCUGAUGGUGUUGAACAACCCGCCUCGGGCACCAGGCGACAAGUCUGGAGGACCGUGCUAUCGAUGUGUGUUCCCGAAACCACCACCAGCUGAUAGCGUGGUCAGUUGUGCGGAUGGGGGUAUUAUAGGGCCAGUUGUUGGGACGAUGGGGGUGUUGCAAGCCCUGGAGGCGAUCAAGGUUAUCACUGUACCUGACAUUGAUGGAGGUUUUGAUAUGAGCGCUGCUCGUCCACGGGAUCACCCGUCUUUACACAUCUUCUCCGCAUACUCAUCGCCCCUCGUCCGUACAAUCCGCCUUCGUUCGCGCCGGGCCAAUUGUGCCGUGUGUUCUGCCGGGGCAACUGUCACACUAGACACAAUUAAAUCCGGGUCAACGGACUAUGUGUUCUUCUGUGGAUCUGCAAAUCCACCCUCGUUACUUGGUCCCGAGGAACGUAUCUCUGCUCGAGAAUACAACGAGAGACACCCAAAUCUUACUUCAGAUUCGCCACAACUCCACACGAUAAUUGACGUCCGAGAUGAAGCUCAGUUUGGGAUAUGCAGUCUGAAAAAUAGCAUCAACAUUCCAAUCUCCAAUAUUCUGUCCUCGGGUUAUGGUGCUACACUACAGGGGUGUGAUAAUGGGCCACAGGCUGCACAAUUACCUUCUUGGUUACCGUCUGAGGUUGUCUCCCCUGAGUCUACGAACCCAAUUUACGUCGUCUGCCGUCUAGGAAACGACUCGCAGAUCGUCGUGAAGAAAAUGAAAGAGCUAGGGCUAGAUCAGCAUGGAAAGAGGUUCAUUGGUGACAUUCGCGGAGGACUACGAUCAUGGAGAGAACAGGUGGAUUCUUCGUGGCCUGAAUACUAA